GAGCCACUGCAUCUAGUAGGCUGCUGAGCUACCCACCCUCCCCGCGCUCGUGACGGCUCACCCACCCCCGCCGUGGUUCCGGGCAACAGGGAAGAAGAUCCCGCCCUGGUGCCACCACGAGGCACCCGGCGGCUUUGAUUUCCUCUCCGCCCCUGGCGUCUGGCGUGGUGCUCUGGCCCCCAGUUUGUCGGCUGCUUUCUACCUGUACUUGCAGAGCUGUAGGUGGGGGUAAACAUGGUGAGGUGGUCUUGCCAGGAUGACACCUUAUCAUGUUCCCUAUCCCCGUGCUAGAUGCGCGCCGGCCGCCGUGUGUGUGUAUGCCUUAACGUCGAUGCGUGCCUUGUACUCCUGUGUGGCCGUGUGCUAGGGGCAGCUGCUCGUUGCUGCUCUUUUACAACGGAGUUUUACUGACAUUGUCCAACAGACUAUUCCAUUCCGGUGUCAGAGCAGAGAUUUUAGCAUCGUUACUCGGAUUAGGAGGGUAGGAUCCGGCUAUGGACUCAACGCUGAACCAGGUGAAGGAGGAGAGCCAUGGGGAGGGAGGAGAUUUGAUGGCAGGCACGGUGGAGGCCGCGGAUGGGCCGUCCGCGGCCGUCGCCGCGGCACCAAAGCCGAUGGAGGGUCUGCAUGACCCUGGGCCGCCGCCGUUCCUCACCAAGACAUAUGACAUGGUCGACGACUCGGACACCGACCUGAUUGUGUCUUGGAGCGCCACCAACAACAGCUUCGUGGUGUGGGAUCCGCACGCCUUCGCCACGGUGCUGCUGCCCAGGCACUUCAAGCACAACAACUUCUCCAGCUUCGUCCGGCAGCUCAACACCUAUGGUUUCAGGAAGGUGGAUCCUGAUCGGUGGGAAUUCGCGAAUGAGGGCUUUUUACGGGGACAGAGACACCUCCUGAAGAACAUCAGGCGUCGAAAACCUCCUGCUCAGAAUGCCACAAACCAGCAGUCCAUUGGGCCUUACCUUGAGGUGGGACAUUUUGGAUAUGAUGCAGAGAUUGACAUGUUGAAGAGAGACAAGCAGUUACUGAUGGCAGAAGUGGUGAAGCUAAGGCAGGAGCAGCAGAACACAAAGGCAAAUCUCAAAGCGAUGGAGGAUAGGCUACAAGGGACUGAACAGAAGCAGCAGCAGAUGAUGGCGUUCUUGGCACGUGUCAUGCGGAAUCCUGAAUUCUUGAAGCACCUGGUUUCCCAGAAUGAGAUGAGGAAGGAGCUUCAAGAUGCUAUUUCAAAGAAAAGAAGACGGCGCAUCGACCAAGGGCCUGAAGCUGAUGACUUGGGGGCUAGUAGCAGCUUGGAGCAAGGUUCACCGGUCCUGUUUAAUGCCCAGGACCCAGUUGAAUUCCUUGUCGACGGAAUCCCAGCUGACCUCGAGAGCCCAGCUUUCGAUGGCCACGGCCUGAUUGGGCCACAUGAUAUUGAUAUUGAUAUUGAUAUUGGCAGUACCUCUGAGCAGCAGCAAGACAUGCCCCAGGAGGAUCUGAAUGACAACUUCUGGGAGCAGUUGCUGAACGAAGGACUUGGCGAGGAGAACGAUAGCCCUGUAAUCGAGGAUGAUAUGAAUGUGCUGUCUGAGAAGAUGGGUUAUCUCAACUCAGAUGGCCCAACAUCUAGCAAUUAGUCUUGGCUUCGUUGCUGUUUUGUUAUUUCCAUCUUACCAGAACCCGCAGCUCCUGAAUUGUGUUCACUGUGUCAGCAAGACUAGGCAAUUCUGCUUCCGUUGCUCGGUUUCCAUGCCCUUCUGAAUUCCUCGCCAAUGGUAGGGCUUGCUUCCAUGAGAAUUGGCUGGCAUUCGCCAUGGUGUCAAGGGAGAACUGCUAGGUGCAUCUGAUGUGAUCUGACUAGUGAUUGCUGCUUGCCACUGGAGUGGCUGUUUUAGGCGACGCCAGCGAUCUGUUGGUUGUUUUACGACCCUGCCCGUCAGGAAUUCAGUCUGUAGUUAUGUACAGUGACAGCGACUCAGCAAGUAGUACUGAUGGUUAUACAUGUUUCUGUCAGUGGUUGUGUGCAAACUGUUUGUCUAAUUUCAUGCGGUGGAAGCUUUGUAGUGUUGCGGUUCUG